UACGAGGGCCAGCUCGACGACGGCGUGCGCCACGGCCACGGGAAGUGCGUCUUCCCGACGGGCGACGUCUACGAGGGCGCGUUCCGCAACGGCAUGCGCCACGGCGCGGGCGUCUACACGUACAAGCGGCGGCCGGGCAAGCAGCGGCAGCGCGUCUACGAGGGCGAGUGGCGGCGGUCGAAGCGCCACGGCGAGGGCAAGGAGACCUGGGAGGACGGCACGGUCUACGAGGGCGCCUUCGCCGACGACGCGUUCCACGGCCUCGGCACGUACCGGACGCCCUUCGCCAAGUACCGCGGCAACUUCGAGGCCGGCUACAAGUCGGGCCAGGGCUCCGUGGUCUACUACAAGUCCAAGGACACCUACGACGGCGAGUGGCGCCGGAACCGCUUCCACGGCGUCGGCACGUACUACUGGGGCAACAACACCAAGUACGAGGGGCAGUGGGAGGACGGCGCGCGGACGGGCUUCGGCGUCUUCCUCGAGCCCAGCGGCGAGAAGCACGAGGGCCACUGGAAGAGCAACGAGAAGCACGGCGCGGGCACGACGCGCACGCGCAACGGCAAGUGCCGCGACGGCGUCUGGAAGCACGGCCGC